AUGCUGCAAAUAUGGCAUAACCAUCAAACAAUUGCCCCACCAAAGGGGCCAGAUGCAUUGACGAUCUACGAAACGCAUGGAACUAUUCCUCUUUAUAAUACAAGGGCUACUAUUGUCCCUUGCUCAGAUACAGAUUAUGUAUUUUUAUUUGGUGGUUUUGAUGAAUUGGAUAAUCUAGAUAGUAACGUCUACCUCUUGAAUAUGGAAAGUAAGAGAUGGGAGGUUGAUGAUAAGCAUAUAGGAUUAUUUCGAGAAGGCCAUCUGGCAGUCUAUAUAGGACAAGGCAAUGUCUUAGUUUUUGGGGGUAUUCCUGAUGAAUUUCCUGAAUCAAUGCAAAGGACAGCAGUAUCAGAUGAUUCAACAUUCAGAAAAGAUAGCUUAAUGAUGAUAUAUAAUGUACAUGACAAAACAUGGAUAGGCCCACCUAGUUUCACAUUGAAUAAUGCGCCAUCUUCUAGAUACCGUCAUGCUUGCUGCUUAUCGCCUGAUGGUUCUAAGGUUUAUAUCAGUGGUGGCUUGGUUGAUUCUAUGCCAUUAGAUGAUUUGUAUUGCUACGACCUAGUUUCUGGAGUUUGGAGCGGACCUAUAAAAUUCGUUUCAAGAUUUGAUCACUAUAUUAAAGUCUACAAAGAUAAAAUAUUCGCAUUCGGUGGAUUGGACAAAGACAUGAAUCAUGUAGUUGAUUGCAUGACAUAUAUUUCCUUGAACGAUCAAAGUAUCGGAAAGGUUUCCUUAUUACGAAAACCUGUAUUCAAUGAGUCUCAUGAAGAUAAAAAUGAGUUGAAACUUGCCAAUGAAUACCCUUAUCUGCAAAGUGGAGGCUCCAUGUAUGAAAGAAUUUAUACCGGGGCAAAAAUAUUCCCUUCAACAGAGAUUGAAAUAAGUUUGCCACAGGCCAGCUCACAUAAUGAUUAUAAUAUAUCGUAUUAUGAUCUAGCAGAUUUUAAGCAUAUUCCUUUAAUUAAUCGGGAAAUUAUAGAACUUACUUUGGGGCUGAAAAAUAAAAAUAUAGCUACGUAUUCAUGGAAGCAUGCAUUUGUGAGAGGUCUGGAAUCUUUAUUCUUAUUAGGCCUGACAGUUGAAUCAUAUCUCAGACAUGAUGGAUCGGAAAAUAAUUUUGAGGACGAGAAUAAUGGUGGAGAUGUAAUAACAAGUCCAAGUGAGAGAGAGGAUGACGAUCUGACGCAAGACCAUGAAAAUGAUUAUAAUCACGAUCUUGAUCUUGAUCAUGAUCAAGAUGAUGAUAAUGCAAAGCUUCAUUCACUACUUGAAAUUAAGUUAUCAGAUUUAGGCAUUUCUGAACCUGAAAAGAGUCUCCCAUCUAUGUCUGAUGAUUUCCUUAAUUUACUCAUCAAUGAGGAAUUCACAGAUUUUGAAAUUAUCACCUUCAAAGACGAAGUGGUCAUGGAGGAGUAUAACAAAUGUCCAGAUAAAUAUAUUGAUAUAAUAAAUAACUCGAUUACGAACCAAGAGAUACUUAGUGAUACUCUAAAGAGUAUCAAAGUUCAUAAAUCUAUUCUAUUGGCUAGAUGGAAGCAUUUUAGAAGGCUCAUUGAUAGCGGCAUGACUGAGGCAAUAUCAAAUAAAAUGUUUAUUCCUGAACCUUACUCGUGGGUAAGGGGCCUUGUGUUUUAUUUGUAUACUGACAAGAUCGAUUUGAGAGAAUUUGAACUGCCGUUAUGUACACUAAUCGAUUAUUCUGGUGUACUUAUUUUAUCAAAUUUGUACGAGUUACCACAACUAAGAGUGAAAUUAUUGUCAUUUUUAUACAAGAAGUUGAGUGAUUUUGUUGUCGAGAAUACAUGUAAUGAUUUAGAUGAUAUUUUAGACGCUAUCUUAAAAAUUUGGAUGAAUGGGUUGAUAUCAAAUGAAGAAAUUUUGGUUGCAAAGAUAAUUGAGAUUAUACGGAAUAGUUGGUCUGUGUUUAUUAAGUCCACACCAUUUAUGAAUUUGCCCAAGUCCUUAAUUAUUAAGUUAUGUCAAGAUUGCGCUGACAUUUUUCCGAAUCAUAAUGCAACAGCAAAUAGUAAUAAAGAGAGUACAGACAACUUACUCCAAUCUCUAUCUAAUCACAAAACUUCCGAUGAUUCAAUUGAAAAUCUGCAUGAUGAUUCGAACUUGGGAACUCCAACUAGUGGAAGUAUUCGUGAGCUUCAUUCUAACUCACCAUUUCUUAAAACUACUAAUGAACCUUCCCCUCUUAAAUCUCCUCAACACAUCAAUGAUACAACAGACUUUCCAAAACUACAAUUCCUUUCAAAUGUUCUUAAUGAUAAUUUAAAAAAUUAG